AUGCGUCCCUCCAACGCCCUUACUGCUAUUCUCGGCCUCUGCAUGGCUCUUGCAGCGAAUUCAGCACCCGUGGCAAAUCCCAAUGAUGACCUGUCCCUGCAUGCCGCCAAGAGAUCUGAAGACGCUCCAGCCCUAUAUGCCUACAUUGUGGCAGACAGCGACACGGAAGUCAAAAGGCGCUCUGACGAUGCUACUGCCGAGUAUGGAUAUAUUUCUGUGGACAGCGAAGUGAAAAAGCGCGCCGAUGACGCUACAGCCGAGUAUGGAUACAUUUCUGUGGACAGCGAAGUCAAAAAGCGCGCUGAUGACGCUACCGCCGAGUAUGGAUACAUUUCUGUGGACAGCGAAGUCAAAAAGCGCGCUGAGGACGCUACCGCGUAUGCAUACAUUGCUGUGGACAGCGACACGGAAGUCAAAAGGCGCGCUGACGCUACCCCGGAGUAUGCGUACUUUGCUCUGGACACUGAAGUUGAAGAAGAGAAUUGA